AUGUCAGGCCGAGCUCGUAGGUACAUGAGUAAGCGAGAUCGCGCUUGCGAUUCCUGUCGAACCAGAAAGGCAGCUUGCCGCAUUGAUCGAGCACCUCCCUGUUAUCUUUGCACACUCCAUGGGAAAGAAUGCACAUUCCUACAGCCAACGUCGAGGCUACGCCAGACAUUUCCAGAGGCAGUCAGCUCACAGGUUUCUCAACGCACUGAGAUAAACUCACGCUCGGAGUUGCAUGAGGUUUCACCAGUUGGUGACUCGGUCCACUACGAUAUCUUGAUGUCGAUUGAUGACGAUGGGGUAGAUCAUUCAGUCGCCACUGCACCUGAGAGGUUCCAUGAUUUCUUUGAUGGAGCCGGAGUGUCAUUAUCGGGUGGCUUUGGAGAUGGCACAUGGCCAACUGGAUUUAGUCCAGGGAGCUUCGUUUAUCCAUCCCCUGGGCUGCCAGGGAUUGGUCGUUCGGAGGAUGGAGGUUUGUCGCAGGCCGCCUGUCUGUCGUUGCCUGUGCAGGAUACUGACUCGUCGAUUUGCCUUGAUACUCAAGGUGUAAUGACACCACAAUUGCUCGGCAGUAGUGGUGAUAUGGACCCUUUGCUGAUGAGUCGUUAUCAAUAUGACACAUCUGGGGCUUUCCAUUUCAAAAAUCUCAAUAUCCAGUCCGUAUCCUCAGGGAUCGACCCAACACAGUUUUUACUGUCGAAGCCGUCAAUAUUUGCUGCCAGCAGGGAAGAAAAUGGAUGCGAUAACGUGCCUGCCUUUGAAUUGAGACAGGAACUCGAAUCGUUGGUCCCGGGAGAUAUCGGUCUCAGACUAAUCAACCUAUAUGAGAGGAUCGUUGCACCAGAUUAUCCAAUACUUGGCCCACCAGGUCAAUUGAAUACCAGCACCAGCCCACCAUACCUACUUGCGAGCGUAUACCUAAUAGUCGAGCCCUUCACUAAAUUUGACGAAAGACUAUGCAUUGAUCUCGCAUAUGAUAAGCCAUCAGCCGUGGCACUAUACGCGAUUAUCAACAAAGCGCUUCCACAUGAGUUACAUGCACCGAAACUUUGUGUUGUGCAGACAAUGCUUCUUUUGGCGAUUCGAGCUUAUCCAAAUCCAAUUGUAUUGGAUAGUGGAUUCAAAUGGUCCCAACUCUCCACUCUUAUUGCUUGCGCUCACACCCUUGGGCUACAUUUGGAUCCAAAGUCAUGGCGAAUACCUCCAUUACAAAUUGCCCAGCGACGUUGUCUGUCUUAUUUCAUUUAUUCGACAGACAAGUGGCUUGCAUUGAGCCUUGGUCGGCCGCCGCUACUGCAUUAUGAUAACUGGCUCGUGACAAGGCCUAGCCAAGACGAUCGUCCUGUCAGUGGACUUGACCCUGUAGCCUGGACGAAGAUCAUGAAUAAGUCAAUUCGCAUCUCAUUGCCUCGCUGUUAUUUCCAACUUACCAAUAUUAGCUCACCUCGUGCCAUUAAUGCGAUUUGUACCGAUUACGAGAAGACCACCGCAUUGACUAGUCCACUACUUGAAGAACUCUUCUCAUGGCACAGACCAGUGUCUGCAUCAUCGACCGACUUCACAUCAUCGAAUCAAAGCAGGCCAAUUGGACUAGAAAGAACACUCGAAAUGAACUACCAUUAUAUUCAUCUGAGUAUUUGCAGGGCAAUUCUGAGACCAUUCCUGCAGCCAACUGUCGAGAACUCGAAUGAGGCCGACUAUACAUUAGCGCGCGAGCAAGCCCGGAUCCGAGCAGAAACUUGCAUUUCAGGAGCAGCGGAGUUUAUUCACGAGCUGCGGCCAGAGGACCUUGAGGCUCUAUGGCCGGCCUGGAGCGCGACUGCAUUUUCGUCCAUAUGUUUCCAAAUCCUGCAUAUGGCUGUCAGCUCCGUUGAUAAGAGCGAGGCAGAUAAAUGGGUUACUUGUCUGCACAAAGUGCGCCGGGAUAUGCGGCUGAAGGCUGAUGUUCUGCCUUGUCUACAUCUUGGCCUUCUGCGGAUUGACUCCAUAUUUUGGAAGGGAAUUAAUAAUGUGUUGCAUUUGGAAGCACAUGUUCGACAAGCGUUUGCGUCUGGUUCAAGCGUCGGUCGACCUCUUGGUAUAGCUAGUUCAGCCAAGUGA